AAGGCGUCUUCGGGGUCACAGUCUGAAUGACUGUAGUGAUUUUAGCCAUGUAUACUUCGAUGAUACUUUUACGUCUUCCUGGUACUUUAAGAGUUGUGGCAAUGUUUCGGUCAGUCUUAGACAUCUCAGGAUGAUUCCAGGAGAAGGGAAGACGCUGUCCAAGACGACUGUCCUGUGUUGACCUCCGACAUGUCGUUGAGACGGAGUGCCCGUGCCCGCCAGCCCAGUCUCCGACCCGACUACGUCAACCCAGACGACAUCUUUGGGGGUCAAGCGGAUGUCACAAGGAAGGCUAAAAUCAACAAGAGCUACCAUGAUGACUUCUCGAACAAUGACCCAACACCCUACAACAGCCUGGUUGUGUCAACCACUGACAGCAAGGCCGAAAACAGCGGCCCAAGUCCUCUCAACUACGCCUUGCGUCUUAACGACAAACCUAUAGCUGAAGAAGGCCAUCAGUCAUGGAUUGAAGAAAGAAAGGAAUACGAUCAUUCCACCAUUUUGAAUAAGGAAACUUUUAAUGGGGAUACAACAGAUCUUUGUGACGCAAACAUUUCAAGACAUAGCAAGUCUAAGAUGGCAAAAAGAAAGGCGUGCACCCAAAAAGAAAAGAGGACAGCUUUUUUGAAGGCAGUUCUAAAUCACAACCAAAGGAGAGUGAAUAAGAAUUCUUUGAAAGACUCUAAUGUUGACACUGACUCCAUUCCAAUCAACCUGAGUUCCAAGAUGCAUGAAGCAGAAGGCUCCACCGCCGAGGUGUUGCCAAAAAGUGAUAGUGUAUGUUCUAAUAGGGAAACAACAGCACAAAAGGGAUAUGUCAUAAACAAUGGUAUUUUUGAUGUUGAAACAGAGGGUGAACAUGACAACUUUUCAUCAGGAAACGAAGAUGAAGGAAGUGACAAAACAAUUUCUAGCAACGGUGUUAAUAGUAUAGACAAAGGAGCAGAAAAUGAAGAAUCAACCCUCGAUGUCAUUCUCGAUUGUGAGAGUGAUGACAAUGAAGAAGACAACUACUAUCCGUGCAAUGACAGCAAAAUAGACAAUAACUCUUCCCUAUCUGACUUCAUUCCUUUCGACCCUGAAAUUACUAAUGAAGGUGCAAUAUCAUACUGUGACAAUCAAAUUCCUGCGCUCACUUCCAAGCUGCCACGGAUCCUAAAAUGCCCGUACUGCCAGUAUCUGGCAAUGAAGUCUUCCCACCUGAAAAGGCACGUACGAAAACACACGGGGGAGCGACCGUUCAAGUGUCCUCACUGUAAAUACUCUGCUAUGCGUAAGGAGCACCUCCUUCGCCACUUCGGCUUCAAGCACAAGGAACUGUUACGAGUUUCGUGCCGGGAGUGCCGCUACCGAACCACCGACGAAGAAAGUCUGAACGUUCACCUGAAGCUUUCCCACCCAGAAAUCUACAACCAGGUCUACAAGUGUCGGCAGUGCGAGUUUGAGUCGCCGCGAAAGUCUCAGUACGUGGAACACACCAAGGUUCACCGUGUGUGGGAGUGUCCGAUCUGUAAGUACAGCACGCAGGAUUGGAUGACGUACAGACAACACAAGCGCUCGCACACAGAGGAGAGGCCAUACACGUGUCCGAUGUGUACAUACACCGCAAAACUGAAGGUGGAUCUUGAGCGACAUAUCCGUGCUCACACCGGCGAGCGUCCCUUCACCUGUCCGCAGUGCAGCUACCGUGGAGCUCGGAAGGACAGCCUGAUCCGACACAUGCGUACACACACCGGAGAUAAACCGUACAAGUGUCCGCUGUGUGACUUUGCCUCUGCACAACAGGGCCAUCUGGUGACCCAUAUCCGGACCCACACCGGGGAGCGCCCCUUCACGUGCCCGUGCUGCGACUACGCCUGCUGUGACCGGUCCAGUCUAGUGAAGCACGUCCGGAUCCACACCGGAGAACGACCCUACAAGUGUCCACACUGUCCCUUCGCAGCCAUCCGCAACCAGGACCUGAAAGACCACAUCAACAUCCACACGGGAGAGCGACCGUACAAGUGUACCCAGUGUCUUUACGCCGCGGCUGACCGUUCCACACUGCGGACACACACAAAGAAGCACGACCGGAAAGCCCGCUUUGCCUGUAAACAGUGUGAAUUUUCCUGCGCCUGUAAAGCUACGUUGGUCAAACACCUCAAGAAGCAUAAAGUGACAAGACCAUUCAAAUGUUCGGAGUGUGAUUACACAACUAGCAACAAGGCCUGCCUUAAGAGACACCAAAAACAACAUGACGUAGACACGUUAUCAUGCAAGAUGUGCGACCUUGAAUUCAACAAACAACAGGAGCUGAUCACCCACAUUGCCACCCACAUCAAGGAAGACCCUGAGCGCCCCCCUCCCCAACAUGGCGGCAUCAAGACAGAUCCAGAUGCCCAGGAUGACCUUGAAAACCAAUUGUCUUUCCAAGAUGUAUCAGAUACAGGGCUGGAAGAUGUAGGGUUGCCAGUUGUUAAGCAAGAUAAAGAUGUACCCAGAAUAUCACGACAGGUGAAAAAAGAGUAGAUGACACCUUUUAAAACACCUGUUGAGGUCAAGGAGGACUUUUUAACAUGUAAAACACAUUGUACAGUAUGUUGUCAUAAAAUUUGUGCAUUUUCGCAUAGUGUUUUGUGCGUAUCACAUAAGAUUCGUACGAAUUACAUAAUGUUUGUGCAAAUGCUUUAAGGCAGCCUGUUCAACCGUUUCAGUUGCCUCUAAUGAUCAUUGAUAUAUUUAUAUUUACAUGGCAAACCUGUAUAUAUGUAUUAUCAAUUAAUUAAUUAAGAUAGUCUAGAUAGCAAGACAAUAUUAUUAUGCCUUUCUUUCAAUAUAAGAGACAUUUAAGAGUGUGAGAGGCAACAUCGCUACAUUGAAAUAUAGUAAAAAUUCGCAGUGAGGAAAUUUAUGCAAUAGACAGUACAUGUACAUGACUGUGCAUAUUUUUUUGUAUUUUUUAGACAGAAUGAGGGAGCAAAAUAAGGAUUGCAGAUAAAUUUGAUUUAGCACUUUAGUAGUUUAUGGACUUCAGGUGUGUUACAUGUACAAUGUAAAUGAAAAUCAGAAUGAAAAUCAUGUGCAAAGUGUUACCACAUAUAUAUUAUAUAUAGACCUAUUGUAUAUUAUUCCAACACAAUGAAAUAAUCAACACUUUUAAAUGUAUAUACCAAAAGUAUGCUCAUGUCAACUAGAUAAUUAAAAUUAUAGGUCUUAGGCCUGGAUGAGUUGCAAACUUUCAUUUCCAAUUGCAAUAUUUCUUUUUGAUGGAUAUAUCAAGUGUUUUAA